AUGUGCCGCGGCUCCUGGACAGGGGAGAGCAACAGGUUGGCCCAACGCCCAUCUCUAAAAAUGAAGAUCCCAGAUUCUUUACUUGUCUGCGCCACCACCGUAAUCUUUCCAGGUGCUGUCUUCACAGUUAUUUCAGGGUCUCUUUUCCAUCAGAUUCAUGACGACACUCAGCUGCCCCGCUACGGUCACGAGGCUCGGUUCGGGAAACCGUCCAAGGCGGCGGCGCCGCAACCAGAGCCUGCAGAAGAGCCUGAGCUAGAACCUCUUGCGACGCUCCCGCCGACUCCGGUUUUCCCGUCCAACCAAGCGAUGAGUCUGUUCCUGCAGUCGUAUGCGCGCAUGCUGCAGCACGUCAAGACGGGGACGGUGGUCGGAAAAGGGAGAAAAGUCGGCGUUGACCACAGCCACGACGCGCUGGUUUCUGGAGACUCGCUCGCCGCGGCUGGCGACACUGUGCUGGAGCGAGUGCACCUUGGGCUCGGCGCGCUGCUACACCAUCCCCAGCAUGGCGUGCAGGGAGGGACAGUGUGGGGCCGCAAGGAGGAGGCGGUGGAACGGUGUCUGGAAGAGCUAGAGAAGGACGUGGAGCACAUGAGGGAUGCCCAUGAGAAAGCACCGCCUGCCACCACGCUGAACCUUGCUACAGCGCACUGCUUGGAUGCUGCAAAGAUGAUCAGCAAGCUCUGA